CUUAAACCCUGGAGGAAAUGGCUGUCGUUAGUCGUUAGGAGCCUUCUUCGAUAGUUCUUUCUCCACAGCCGGCCGCUGGGUUCAAAGGUGAGCCCCCUUACUCUUCAAGGCUUCCAUCUUUCGGUUUCGAUUCUAGUGAGCUUUGCCUCGUCAUCUAUCACUUUCGUCCUGCGGUUGAUGAAUUUAUGUUGGCUGCCAAUGAAUUAGGCAAGACUCUGGAUUUUAGGGGGUCGAAACUAAGAUGGUCGAUUUGAUGUGUUCAACUUCAUUUCCAUCUUGCUGGUUGAAGUCAGAUUAACGGGGGUGUUGAAAUGAAGUAGCUUGCGUUGCUUUCUAGAAUGUUAGGUUUGUUUGAAUCAUGUGAGUUUGUAUUGGAUGCUCAUGCUUUCUGAUUUGCUCUCGGUGUCUUGUUUUCAUAAUGUUCUUACAUUUUGUACCACAGUUGUAGGAGUAUGUUGACGAGUUGUCUGGAAAAUCUGCUGAUACAAUACCGGUUGGCAUGAUGCAGAUAAAUUAUUAAGAUGGUCGAAUACAACUUCAAGAAGAUAACUGUUGUCCCAAAUGAGAAGGACUUUAUCGACAUCAUUCUGUCUCAAACACAACGGACAACCCCAACGGUUGUCCACAAGGAAUAUGCUAUCUCCCGACUUCUCCAGUUCUACAUGCGCAAGGUGUAGUACACCCAAUCAAAUUUCCAUGACAAGCUCCAAAAAAUCAUCAAUGAUUUCCCUCGGUUGGGCGAUAUCCAUCCUUUCUAUGGUGACCUUCUCCAUGUCCUCUACAACAAGGACCACUACAAGCUUGCCCUUGGCCAGGUCAACACGGACAAAAACCUCAUCAGCAAGAUAUGCCAGGACUAUGUCAAGCUCUUGAAAAUAUGGCGACUCACUUUACAGGUGCAAGUCAUUGACUAAGUUGUUGUACUUGGACGCAUGUGCACUGUGAUCAAGAGAAUCGGGUCGAGCUUGGCUUACCUCCAAUAGGUCGGGCAGCAUAUGGAGAGGCUUCCUUCAAUCGACCCAAAUAACCGAACGAUCUUAAUUUGUGGCUACCCUAAUGUCGGGAAGAGCUCAUUCAUGAACAAGAUAACUAGGGUUGAUGUGGAUGUUCAGGCAUAUGCUUUUACCACCAAGUCGCUCUUUGUGGGUCAUACUGACUACAAGUAUUUGAGAUACCAGGUGAUUGAUACACCUGGGAUCUUGGACAGGCCGUUUGAGGAUAAGAACAUCAUCGAGAUGUGCAGCAUUACAGCUCUAGCUCAUCUACGAGCUGCUAUCAUGUUUUUCUUGGACCUCUCAGGUUCAUGUGGCUACAACAUUGCCCAACAGGCGGCAUUAUUCCACAGCAUCAAGGAGCUAGUUAUUCUCAAACAAGCCUUUGAUCAUUGUCUGCAACAAAACUGAUUUGCAGCCGCUCGAAGGGUUGAAUGAAGGUGACAAGAAGCUUGUGAUGGAGAUGAAAUCUGAAGCAUUAAAGAGUCAAGGAUGUGAAGUUGCUGCUGAUGAUGGUUUACUUCUGACCAUGAGCACUCUAACCGAGGAAAGCGUGAUGGCUGUGAAGAAUGCAGCUUGUGAAAGGCUGCUAGAUCAGUGUGUCGAAAAGGAAAUGAAAUCCAAGAAGAUGAAUGACUGCUUGAAUCGCUUCCAUGUUGCAAUGCCAAAGCCACGUGACCAAAAGGAAAGAUCGGUUUGUAUCCCCCAGGCAGUUUUGGAAGCCAAAGAUUUGGAGGCAGCUCAGAUGGAGGGAAGAAAAACCGAGAAGGAUAUUGAAAAUGAGAAUGGUAGUGUCAGUGUUUACUCGACUAGCUUGAGGAAGCACCACAUAUUGGCAAAUGAGGAAUGUAAGGAAGACAUAUUGCCUGAGUUCCUCGACGGCCAUAAUGUGUAUGACUUUGUCGACCCUGAUAUCCUGCUCAGACUCGAGGAGUUGGAACGUGAAGAAGGAGUUUGGCAAGCUGAAGUGGAAGAUGGUGAUGAAGAUUUCGAGAUGGAUGGUGAAGAUUUGACACCAGAAGAGAGAGAAGUGCUGCAAGCAAUCAAGAAGAAGAAAGCUAUUACUAUGGCGAGGAAUGCUAGUAAGAAGAGGAAUAAGGAUGCUCGUCGUGGUGAGGUGGAUAGAGUCAUUCCGACUCUUCGACCCAAGCACUUGUUCUCUGGGAAACGCUCCAUUGGGAAGACUGAUCGUCGAUGACCAAUCCAAGGUUUGUCGGUUGCACUAGUUCUGCACAAGGUUGGUUUGAGUCAUCUGUCAUUUUAUCGUUCCCUCCGACUGACAUGGGUUUGGAUUCUUUUUCUAUUGCAGUAACGGUUUGGAUUAUGUUUUAUGUUAACGAGCAUUUGUUGAUGCCUUUGAAACCGAGGCUUGAUGUUGACCAUGGUUAAGGUUUUUUUCUUCUUCUUAUGCUGAGAAAUUUUGGGGAAUUAGAGGAGACUCUGAGAAACUUUGUUGUACUUCUUGUGGUGUGUUGUUGCUGUAUUUGUGAAAUGUUGUUGUACUUUCCAUAAACAGGCUUGUAUGUUUUUGUUGAAUGAAGUUUUAUAGGGCAUUUCUUGAAUAGACGCCUAGACUGCCUGAUAACUGGAGUCUCUCCUUGUCCAUUUUCACAAGCAGACUCUCGCGCUCGUUAAAGAUCCAAACUUCCUUAGUUCCUUAUUCUUUGAACAGGAUCUUAACAGCAGGAAUUAGGAUGUUCAUUCAUUAAAGCAACUACCUUCGUUCUCAAACCCUAUAUCAAAGUGCAACUUGGAAAAUGGUAUUCUCAUUCUUCCGUCUGAUUGUUCGAUAGUGAGCACUUUUAACGCUAGAAAAAUAUGAUCGAAGUAUAAUGAAGUGCAACCUUGUAGUAUGGCAGUCGAUAGUGAACGUGUUUGACACUGAAAAAUAUGAAUGAAGUAUAAUGAAGUGCAACUUUAUAGUCUGGCCCUUACUGGGACUUUGUGUACCUAUUUUAAACCCUAUGAGACCAGUAAAAGACCUUGCAGAAGAUUGCGAAGAUUGGGGAACUUCAUAGUCUUAAACUUUUGUAGAUGUUGACGCUAUUGUUUUACGUAUUUGGAAGUGUCAUUUAGCUCAAUUGUACUAACCGUACAAAAUGUAUACCAGUGCCACUAGAACAUUGGAUUAAUUGGGCAUUGAUUAGCCAAUUUGACUUAAAUCUUUUGAGAUGAUUGUUUCACUUAAUUUUGCAUAAGAAAAGCAAGAGAAUAAUGGAGGAGAGGGGGUAGAAGGGGCUAAUGUAUGGUGCUGGUUCCUUUCUUGUCAUAUGCAUUUCCCCCCAAAAACCCAUCAAGUGCUCUGCUUAAUUUGCAAAACCCAUAAAGUGUUCUUGUCCCUUAACUUUAUUUCCUCUUCAAUCACCUCUUUGAUCCAUGUUCUUAACCAUUAUUUCCACUCUGGUUUUCUGCUUUAGCUCUCACUAGUUGAAAGCCCUGCCAUAAUUACUUUGUGUGGUGCUGAUGGAGAGGGGGAAUUUUUACAAUAGGCACUCAUUUGUUGGACUUUGUCCCAUCAAAUUGCCCUUCCUUCUUAUCUUGCAGAAGAGUCUCCUCAUUGAAUCAUGCUGAUGACAUAAAAAAAAAAAAUGGAUGUCCCUUAACAAGAUUGCCUUUGCAGAUUGGAUCAUGUAGUAACCUCAAAUGAAAAUUAACUGUUUUU